AUGGCCGGAUGGAAAACCGCUAGAGGCUUUCUCUCUUCCAUCGGUGCAGACAUCCUUUGGCAAUCGAGCCGGGACCUGAAGAUCCUCAUACUUCUGCGCUUCGUCCGUCUGCUAGGUUAUGGUGGCACCACCCUCAUCCUAGCGCUGUAUCUCAACGCGCUAGGCUUCCAUGAUAACCAAAUUGGACUUUUCAUGACACUGACUCUCGUGGGAGACCUUGCUAUUAGCUUUGUCCUCACUUGGGUUGGUGAUCGUGUUGGUGUUCGAUUGACUGCUGCCGUCGGCGCAUUGUUGAUGUGUCUUGGUGGUGCGGCGUUUGCGUAUUUGGAGAAUUUUUGGCUAUUAUUGCUGGCCAGUAUUGUAGCUGUCAUCAAUCCGAGUGCCAACGAGAUUGAUCCCUUCAAAGCGAUUGAGGAAUCAGCAAUUGCUCGCCUGAGCACGUCUCACACAUGCAACGAAAUGUUUGCCUGGUGGUCCAUGCUAGGCAUGUUUGGCACCGCCGCAAGCAACCUCCUCACCGGUUGGGUCAUCAACGCUCUUCAAGAUGCGGGUCUGGAAAAGGUCUCGUGUCACCGCGUGGUGUUUCUCGCUUAUGCUGCCAUUGGUCUCAUCAAAUUGAUAUGCUCUCUGUUUUUGAGCGCAGAUGUUGAGCGAAUUGUUGAACAAAAAGAGCAUUGUGCUACGCCUCCAUCCGGGUUUCACCCUGUAGAGGCCGACGAGGAAGAGGAUGCACCACUGUUGACGGAGAAUAUCCCCAAUUAUGGUGGCGUUGUGAAUGAUUUGCAGAGUCCUGAGUCUCAAGCAAAGGUUGUUGCUGAUGUGCAGGAAAAACGUCUUUUCACUCGCGAGUCAUUUGAUUUCAUGUGGAAACUUUCCAUCGCCAUGGGUCUGGACUUUGUUGGUUCUGGCCUUGCGCAGAUCUCUUGGAUGAUCUAUUUCUUCAAACGCGAGUACGAGAUGCCUGAAGGCGCUUUGGGAUUUGCAACAUUCACAGCGGGCAUUAUCUCAUCGAUUCUCAAUCUCGCGUCGUCCCCUCUCUCACGCGCCAUUGGUCAAGUACAGACCAUGGUGUUAUGCCACGCUAUCAACUCUGCUUCCCUGCUUAUGGUCAGCGUCCCCGGGAACAAGUACGUCGCGCUCGUCAUUUUUAUCUUUCGCAUUGUUACUCGAGAAAUCGACAAUGCGCCUCGUCAGGCGUUCAUCUCCGCGGGAGUUCUGGAUCAUGAACGCACGUCAGCCAUGGGUGUCGUGAAUAUCGUCAAGACGAUAGGAAGUUGUCUGGGAUUAUAUGUCACUGGCUUAUUUGCUGGGUUGGAUCAGUUUUGGCUUGCAUUUAUUGUUGCGGGUGUGUUGAAGCUUUCGUACAAUGUUUUGAUUCUUGUGUUUUUCUGGAAGAGGCGUUGA